CGUGGGGACCGCAGCUCCUUCCCUCCGAAGCCGUAGGGGCGCCUUUGACCUGCUCUCCCUUCUGAGGGCGCCUUUAGGCUUCUGGACCCAGCUCUGCCCCCUCCGUUCUCCGUGCACCUGCUGCUCCUAGCCGGGCGUCUCCAGGGCUGCCUACCCACUGUUGCUUUUCAGCAGCUGAGGCCCAACCCCGCCUGCAGCCCGAAACUCUGCACCCAGUUUGGCUUCUGGAGUCCGCUCCUCCAAGACUAGAGAAUCUUAGUGGGCGUCUUCUCCCCGGGGCUGCCCUUGCCCGAGGGUCUCUGAGUGUGCAGGGCGUCGUUCCAUCCUCCCUGACCCCAAGACUGCUCCGAUGCCCAGACCUCAGCUACGGGUGGAUCUGCCCAGCUCUCGCUCCUCCUCGCCUUCACUGAGCAGUGUGACCCCGGCGUCCCACCCACAGACCCCUCAGAUUCAUGCCUCGUGCAGAACAGCCGCAGGCGCCUGGAAGUGGAAAGGGGACCCCGCCCAGGCUGGUGGCUUCGCAGUUCUGCAGGCAACCACCAGCGGUCAGCAAAAAAGCCCUGGCUGGCUGUGUGCGGCGGCGCCAUGGACCUGGUCGUUACACAGGAACUGGCCCGCGCGGAGAGCCACCAAGAUGCAGCUGCCCUGCAACGAGCCUACGAGCUGAUCAAGUCAGCCAACAUGGGGAAGUCGGAGUUUGACCCCUCAGAAAGCUUCAGCCCAGACCUGUUCGUGCUGUGCGCAGAGCAGGCCCUCAAGAUGGGUCGGCUCGAGAUGAGCGAUGACUGCAUCCAGAUGUACUUCAAGGUGAAGGGGCCACUCACCCAGUUUCUGGGCCGGGCCCAUUUGUGCAGGGCCCAGCUUUACGCCCCACAGUGCGAGACCAACGUGGAAGAAUUUGAAAAUUGUGUGACUCAGUACAUGAAGGCUAUAAACUUUGCCAAAGGAGAGCCAAGAUACUACUUCCUGGUAUACAAUGCUUCGGUGCUCUACUGGCAAAUGGUGCGGCCAUUUCUCAAGCCUGGAUAUCACCACCUUGUGAUCCCCAGCCUCUCCCAAAUCAUCAACGUGUUAAAUCAGACUGAGGAAGAAGACAAGGCGUGGAGGGCCGAGCUGAUGCUAGAACUCCUUGAAUGUUACCUGCAAGCAGGAAGGAAGGAGGAGGCUGCCAAGUUCUGUUCCACAGCAGCACCGUUCGUAAAAGCUCAUGUGCCACAGAAAUACCAGCAAAUGUUCUCAGUUAUGGUUCGUCAUGAACUAAUGGAUGACCUUCAGUUAAGAGAAGAGAAGAAACAUUCCAUUAGCCUGACUGUCUCUUACCACAUUAAUAUGCUAAAAGCAAAAUUGGAUAAAAAUGAUUUACCAGAAGACAUCGACCAAAUUCUGAAGAAGACACAUAAACAUUUAAGUCAUUACAAUCACCAGCGCUCUCCUGCAAUCAGAGAAGAAAAAAUGCUUUUGCUUUUUGAAUUAGCCCGCCUGUCUCUGACUUUGAAAUGCGAGGGUGUGGCCUAUGACUGCCUCUCAGACCUGAAGAAAAUUGGAACCAAAGAUCCUGGCAAUCUGAUUGAAAUUGAAUGUCUGGAGUGUGAAUUAGAAGCUUUGAGACUUGAAAGUGAAGUUAAAAUGUAUCUCCGAGGAGCUGUUGAGGACCAGCUGGACAUCAUAAAGAGGAUAGAUAUAACCCUGCAGCAGGCCAUCCGCCUGGGAGAUCCCCGGGCCAUCCAUGUGCUGUGUACUGCACAGUGGAACACUUGUCUGCCCCUGCUACAGCACAGCCUGCGACACCACCUCCGAAAGCCACUGACCAGCAUUGCUGAGGUCCUAGAGAAGGUGGACAGUCUCAUGACCAUGCUACGCUGCCAAGUUCACAUGGAGUUGGCAUACAUUGAGCAAGAUGAGGACCGGCUGGAGCCUGCCAUGGAGCAUCUGCAGAAAGCCAUGAACCUGGACAGUCUAGGCCUCUACCAGGACAAGAUCAAGAUGGCCCUCAACCGGCUGCGCUUGUGCACUACGCUGUACCAGUCUCCUGAGCGUCCUGAGGAUAAGGCCAUGCUGGCCAUUGAGCAGGCAAAGAAAGCCAUUCCAAAAGACAGCAUCAGGAAGAAGCGGGCACUUCUGGUGAACGCAGGCCUGGCCCUUGCUCCUGACACCUUCCAGAUUGUGCUGGACAGUGAGAACGAGGCCAAAGUUCCUACUGGGAAAAUCAAGGGCCGAUUCAGCUCCCUCUGUGCCAAGGCUCAACACCACAUUCUCAGCGUGGACAAAGCUGCUGGGCACCUGCAGCACCUGGGAAGUGAGAAUGACAAAGAGAGAAUUGUGCUUUGGACCGAGCUGGCCAAGGUUGCCCGGAAACAGGGUGUGUGGGAUGUCUGUCGCACAGCAAGCCGCUUCUGCCUCCUGUACGACAACAUCAAGUCCAGAAAGACUGAGAAGCAAAAGCAAGGAAGGAGGAAGAGAGGCUUCGAGGAUUCUGUGCAUGAUGGAUUCGGGGGCCCCUCUGAAAUGUUCUUGUUGAGGCAAAUGUCACCUGACCUGCUGCGGAAGAUAGCGGAGGUGGGGUUCAUCAAUGCCGAGGCCACUGUCCACUUGCUGCGCUCAGAAGGUGUGGAACUGAAUGACCAGGCCAUUCCCCCUGAGGACUUGAGCCAGCACCCAGCUGGCUAUGUGCCUGAACCCCCAGAAACCAAUGCUGAGUGGAUCACUUACAGAACCUGGAUAGAAAGCCUGUCGCAGUAUGCCAUGAGCAACUGGCUGCGUUCUGCAGAAAUUGGGCAAGAGCUAGGAGAAACCUGGAUCGUGCAGAAUGCAGUGGUCUACGUCCUGAACCACAACCGUCAUCUCAUCUUGGCUGGUCGGCAGAAGGAGCUGGUGGAUUCUCUGUACCACCUCUUGAACACCAUCAAGGCCACUGGACACAAUGGGGACUCGGUCAUGCUAGCCACGCUCUGCAGUGCCCUGGCUCGAGGCCUGAUCAUCAGCUGGAUUCCCACCCAGACACCUGAAAAGUUGAAAAAAAAUGUACGCCCAAACCUCGUUCAUGCUCCCCUGGAGUCGGUAGCCAUGUCUGAGAUCAGAGCAGCAGUGGAGGUCUGUGAGUUUGCGCUGAACCUCACCAAUGGAAAUGAGCCAGAGGAAGUGAUUCCUACCAGCGUGCGCCAGCAGCUCAUCUCCACCUGGGUGAAGGCCAAGCAGCUGCUACAGCAGCAGAUUGGGCCACGGCUUGGCGUGGCAGAACAGAGUAGCAAUGAGGACAUCAGUUCCGUGACCAGAGUCCUUGUCGCCCUUGAGAUGUACUCAUGCAAUGGGCUGGGCCUUAUGGACUUCACUGUGCCCUCCCUAGCCCAGUUGGUGAAAAUGACUUCUGAGUGCACCUGGUCGGAACCCCUGGUGGAGCUGCAGACCCUGACACGCCUCACCCAUUUUGCCUACGUGGCUCAGGACCACGAGAUCACUAUGGCGUGCUCUCAGAAUGCCACACAGAUGGGCCUUAAGCACCUGAGUUCUUUUGAACAGACUGAUGUCAAGCUGGCCGCAGAAAUGCUGUGCACUGUGUCCUACAUCCAAGGCCGGAGCAUUGUGGAGAACCUGAAGGGCAGAAAGCAGCUACGGCUGGCAGCAGCCAAAGCCUUCCUAGAGAGUGCCAGGUUUGGGGGCCUGGCAGGCAGCAAUUCCCUGGUGAUGUUGGCUGCCCGGUACUACUGGAACACCUGGCUCCCACUUCUGUCUUCAGAGGGUAACAGGAGGAAGGCCAAGAGGUCCCUCCAGAAGAUCAUCAGCAUCAUCAACAAGACGGAGGCCAUGAAGCAGGAGACAGGAAAAACACUGCUUCUGCACCAGUGGCCCACGGCUGACUUCCAGAGUGGUGGAACAUAUCCUGAAGGUCAAUUUCUCCCAGGGGCUGAGGAUGAUCUCACACUCCGUGCUGCCCUCUAUAGCCUACUUUUCCACAGUCAUGCUGACCAGAACGACUGGGAGAUGGGCCUCAAGGUGCUGGAUGAGGCUGUACAGGUGCUGCCCAGGACAGCCCACCACCUCUUGAUUUUCAAACAUAUGGUUGUAAAGGCCAAGCUUGGUCAGAACUUUACCAUGGAAAUUCAAAAGUUCAAGGAUGAGAGCGAAGACUAUUUGGCACAUAUGUGGCAUCGCCUGGCCCUGAACUCGAGGAAUGUCUGCGGAGAACUCACCUGCUACCAGAAUGCCAUCCAAGCACUUCAGAAGCCAGAGAGCAACUGGCAGAAGGUGGACUACAUCGUGGAGUUCAGCCAGUGGAUGUAUUGUAGGCAGUUUCCUCUUGAAGAUGUGGUUGCCCACCUUGAGUGGGCAAUUGAGAUCCUGCUAUCCAUGAAACCUGUUGAAGCCAUCCCUGAGUCAGAGCCCAAGAAGGAAGGGCAGUCCUCGCCUGCCCAGUUUCCCACAGAGAGUCCAGCGGCCCCAGCUGUGGAGAUGGUCUCCUUGGAGCAGUUUCGAAGUGUGAGGCAGUUGGAGGCGCUAGCUCGCGUACACAUCCUGCGGGCCCUGAUGGUGUCACCUGGCUCCUUGGCCUAUGAGGAUGACUGUCUCAUGGCCUACACCUUCCUCAGGCAUAUCUGGCAGAUUUCCUUGAUAACAGGAGGAAAACUGAUUCCAGGAAGAACUCUACAAGCAGUCAGUUCACAAUUGCUGUUACCUAAAAAAGAGAAGGAGAAGGGGAAGGCCAAGGACAUAAAGCAGAUUUUGACCCCAGCUUCCAACAAGCAACCCGAUGAUGUCCCCACUAGCAUAGAAGAAUGGGCCUCCUACUCCUGCCCGGAGGAGUUGCUGUCUGUGUUCAAGCAAGACAAGAGUGAUUCUACUAUUAACUCAUCCAGUUUCCAGAAGCCAACAUACAGUUUGUACUACAUAGACCACUUGGUCAAAGCCCUGCAGAAGAUGUCCCUCCAUGAGCUCAGCAUCCCGAUCCUGCAGCUGGGCGUGCUCAUUGCCGAUGCCGUGGUAGAGAGCAAGAGCCUCGCAGACCUCUACCACCUGCGACUUGCACAGGUGUGUUCUGAUCUGCGACUGUGCUUUGCAGCGGCUCACCAUGAAGAGGUGGUCGGGCAGACAUACAUUGGGGACAUGGAGCAGGCCAGCUGCAGAAAAGAGCUGGCAUUUAAAAAAGAGAAGAACAAGGAACCUGGGAUAGAAGACAGUCUGCCAGCCCUGCAUGAGCAGCUGGCUCCAUCGCAUCCUGUGAAGGUGAAGCCCCUGAUAGCACAAGACAAGAUUUUGAAGCUAAAUGGAGAGACUGGAAAGGGCCUGGAUGGGACUUCCUACCCUCAACUAUGGAUGCUCAAGGGAGAGGUCCUGCUAGACAUGGAGCUACACCAACCAGCACGGCUGCUCCUGUCAGAGGCCCAGCAGGCUUUCCAGGAGCUUGGUGAUACGUGUGCAGAGUCACAGUGCCUGUUGCUUCUAGCACAGUUGGCCAACAAGGAAAAGAACCACGGACAAGCUAUAUCCUUGACUGAGAGGGCCCAGAUGUUGGGUGGAGCUGAGGAGUUCUGGUAUAAUUCCACCCUGACUAUGACCGAAGCGAUCUUGUCUUCCAAAGACAGCAAAGAAGAAGUCAUGGUUUGCAGCCUGUUGCAGAAACUCAUAGAUGUGUUCAAGGUCCUCCAGAAAGAAAGGCCUAACCGAGUACCCUUGCUGGAAUUCCUUACCAUGGAGCUGGAGGCCAGGUGUGUGAGACUUCAAAUCCAAGUUGCCUGCAGCUUGAUUGACAAGGAACUGGAGUCCCCAUUUUUGCUGACAGAGUUAGAAGAGCGCCUGUUGGAAAUUGAAGACAACUUUAUACUCGGUGGCUACAAGAAAAAAUGUGUUGAUUUAAAACUAGAGCAUGCGAGGAUAAAGAGGCUACGUGCCCAAAAUGAGAACGAUGAGGAACAGAAAUACGCCUAUUACCUGGAAGCAUAUGACUUGGCCCAGAAAGCUGUGGCUGAGGAAGAAGAACUAUUUCAUAGAACUCAGGGGCUGUUGUCCCUUCAAGAUUUACAGAAUGUCAACUCCCCGCAGAUGAGGAGGUUGGCCCGCCUCAAACUCUGCCUAGCAGAAAUGUGCUUAGACAUGGUGCAGCUGGUCUGCAAGGAGGCACUGGAUCUGCAGCUGGAGCAGGACUCCUUAGAAAAGCUGCUGGCAGACUUCCUUCAGAACACCGGCGACUACUCAUCCAUCGGCUUGCAAUGGUUUACGCUGAAGCGGACCCUACCGCACAUGGUGUUAACCCAGCUGGAAAGCCUGCAGCCACUGUGCACAGGUUGCGUGGACAUCCGUGCCCAGCUUCUGGGCCUGGCUGGGAAGGCCCUCCAUCUGCUAUCAGUGAAGACAGACCCUGUGUACCCUUCCUUCUGCUGGGAGGAGGACCUCUUGGUGGCUGCUAAGCGGAGUAGCCUGCAAUCACUGGAGACAGAAGCAGAUGACAAGAGUGCUGAGACCUCCUCCAGGGAUUCAGCCCCCUUCAAGGAAGCCCCCAAGGAGCAAAGCCAGAAAGCUGAGGGUCUGAAGAAGAAGGUAGUGCUGGCCCAGCAGUACCUGGCUCAGGCAUCAGAGGUGCUGCUGCAGUGUAUACAGGCUGCCCUGAGUGGAAACCUUCUGGACAUUGCGGCGUCUGCCAGCAUGGAGAUGGUGGAGUGUAUCGGCACCCUGGACCCCACGGCCACCUGCCAGUUCCUGGCACUGUCUCAGAGCUGCUCAGCCUCAGAGAUGAUGCGGAAUGUCUUGCUGACAGCCACAGCCAACACCAGCACCUCGCAGCUGGCAGCCCUGCUGCAGCUCCAUCAGAGGCUACGGGAGCAGGACAAGACCGCCACCAGCCUGUUUGCCAAUGUUGAGCAGAGACUGGCCACCACUUCCAAGGCAUGGCAGAGCCUCUCCAUCACGGAUCAGCAUUUCAACUUCCUGAAUGAGAUCCCGCCCAUGUUCCGGGUCCUCUUUCUGCAGCACUCAAAGGACAGGUCCUAUCUGUAUGGCGCUGCCUAUGAGAAGCCCAAGUCCAUGCCUGGUCCCAAGGGAAAAGUGAUGCCAGUAGGAGGUCACUGCAAGGUGAUGCGGGUGACUAUGAGUCCAACUGCUUUCUCAGAAUUGUUGACCAGCAUACAAUGGUUCCAGAAACAGACACAGUCCCAGAAAUUGGAUACCUUGUAUGGUGAGGAGCGAGACCUGUGUAUGCAGAGGCUGACCAGCGUCCUGGAGCACAUGGAGGAGUGCCUGAAGCCCAUCACCCCCCUGUUCACCUUCCCAGAUGCCAGAACACAGAUGCUGGUGACUAGGAAUGAUGUGGGGAAAUCCAGAAGCAAAGGACCAGACAGAAAAUUGUCUAUCCCUUCAGGGCAGCCUGAGGCUGAGGACAUAAUCCUGAUCGCAGACAGGAUCCUGCUGGAUCUGCCCCUGGAGGGGCUCUCUGCUCUGGACAAGGUCACCUCAGUGUCACGAGAGUUUUCUCUCCAGAUGCUGUGGAAUCGCCUCCAUAAGGAGGAGAUAGAAGGCAGUGUGAAGAAGGACAUCAAAAGCAAAGAUUUCAAGAAAAAAAGUCCAAGCAGGAAAGGUCUGAAGAGCAACAUGAUCCGGGUCAUCCCUCCUGAAUGCAUCCUAAUUGACUCAGACUACAUCAAGUUUGUUGUGGACCCCUAUGAGGAGACCCAUGGCAAAGAGAUACUGAGCCCUGUCUCUGUGACCCAGGAAAUCUUGGAAAAGUUCCGAGACACAUUCACGGCACGCUGGAUGGGGCAUCUGGGGAACUACCACUUUCCAAGCCAAGCUGACUGGGAGCAGGUGCUGGACAGUUGCAGAGGCUUCUUCUUCUACGGGAUGGAGAGUUUCAUGUCCCACCUAGCAGUGGAAAGACUGGUGGCUAUGAAUCUGCAAGAAUGCCAGAUGAUGGUUAUGCUGGACUUGAUGAGGUCUUCCCAGAGCCAACGGCGGAAGAUAGAAUCCUCAGAAAACAAGAGUGCAUCACAGCGGGCCUUGGAAAAGCCCAUCGAGACUGCCAUCCUUCUGAGCCUGGUGGGGGUCGGGAGCAUUGUGGCCAACCAGUGGCCUACACUACUGCAGGAUAACGCACUGUGCGCCAACAUCCUUUGGGAAAAUCUGUUAGCAAUUGGCAAGCCGAUUGGGAAAACGGUGCGUCUCAUUCAGAGGAUAAACAAUGAAACGGUUAACCAAGGUGAGGCUCCACAGGCCUCCAAGGAUGAGAAGUUCUCUGAGUUGCAACCCUCGAACCUUGAGUCACACCCUACUGCCCUCAGCUUAGUUCUGUAUGGACUGCCUCACCAAGCCAUUGUGUGAGCUGAAAUCACCUUUCCACAGUCUCUGGAGUCUCAGAGUAUUCUUGGGGAAGGCACUGUUCUUUGUUUUACUCCUUUGAAAUCCUCCCCCUUCAGGCUCUCUCCCACAUUCUAGUUCUCUCCCUAGCCUGGACACAGCCUGGCCUCUGUCCUUCUGUCCAUGGCACAAGUUCCCAAGAAGACAGUUGCUAUCUGGGAGCACCUCUUGUGUCCCUGCGAUGUUCUUGCUAGCCCACAAGUUUGUUUUGGCUUCAGUGUUUUAGUAAACAAAAACAAUGGUAUAGUGUGUUUUUUGGAAGUCUAGGGCGGGAACAGGACUUCUGGCUGUGACCACUAGCACAUUCUGGCUCCAUCAAAGCUGACAGGGGAUGCUGUCUUUGUAUGAACUGAGCUCCACCAUACUCUCCUUGAAGCUCUGGAGAUGUGGGUGGUCCUGUUCCCUGCUCUCUGGCUGCCACAUCAGGGCUCUGGGGAAGAUACGUCUUGUAUAUGAUCCUUCUGAAAUUCAAAACAUAUGUCUCCUGGCAUAUCAGUCAGUUGGAUGGUCUGUGAGGCUCUGAAGGCCCCUUUCUGCUAUGGGCUACAGAACUGAGCUGUGGACCCUCCUUACCCAUUCUGGCUCUUUGGCCAGGAAAGGAGGAGGCAAAGGACAAUACACGGGGCAGGAGCAAUGUUGGUAUCAGAUGAGUGACCCUUGGGGAAAUGGCACCUAAAGCAAGAAUGGGGUCUGAGGGGGCACUCCUGACAGCUGGGUGCAUCCCCAGAGCCCCAAACCUGAUCACCUGCAGCUAUGCACCUGUCCGUCCCCACCUCUGCUCGUAGGUUCUGCAGGACAAAUGCCAAGACUUCCUGGGUCAGGCCACAUGGUCCAAAAAUAGUUUUUAAAAAAGCACAAAUUAAUACCAUAAUGUAAUACCAAGAUGGGAGACCAUUGUAUACCUUAUUAAAACAGCUGAGGACAGACAUGGUGAUGGUACAGACAAACUGUCACACAGCGCUGCUGUGAAUACAAGAUGUGCCACUAAACUGGAAAAGGUGGUCAGAAAACAAAACGUAAAAAGUCCCCUCAGUCCUAAGAGCACAUUAGAAACAUCCCGAAGGUCCUUCAGUGAGUGAAGAUGGCAUUCAAAGCGACACCAUCCCGUGUGUCAGCUUCCCUUUGCCAGACAGAGCAUGUGAGGUGGUAAACUUAGCAGACUGAUUCUCGCUCACAGCCUUGCUCUGAGCCUGUGGCAAGGCAAUGUGGUGCGGUAGAGCCUGCAGUGAGCAGAACUGCCUACUUCAUAACUAGGGAGCAAAACCAGAGGAUGGAGCCAGAGUCCCCCAAAGCUUUUCAAGACAGCACACCCAAAGACCUAAAGACAGCCUCUCACUGGGCCCCAUCUCCCAACAGUACCAAGCUUUUGACACACAGGCCUUUGGGAAAUACACUGUAUCUAAACCAUAACAUUUACCCUCUAUGAAAACAAACAAGCUGUUGAUAGAACCACUUGGAUGAACCUGAAAGCCCCCCACUCCGAGAGAUAGAAGUCAGUAUCAAAAGUUAUUUUACACAACAUUCUCAAAUGGCAAAAGCACAGAGAUGGACAGAUCAGUUCUUCCAGGGCACAGGGGAAGGGCUGGGAACAGCAGGAGGGAGCCUGCUGACAGACCAGUUCUGCCUCUUGACUGUGGUAGCUACAGUUGCCUGUGCAGGAGACAGUAUUGCAGAACUGCACCGAAGCAGAAGCAGCCACGACCAGCUCACCAACACCUGGAACCCAAAUCACUGUCUUGAUUUUGUGGUUCACAAUAGUUAUGCAAAAUGUCACCACUGAGGAAGGUGGGAGAGGGGCUGCAAUGUUCCUUGUAGAGUUGAGCCCCAUUAGUGGGGGAAGGGGGCUUUGUUGUCCUAUGAUACCAGAAUCAAUUUCCCCCAAGCCCACCCUCAUUUUUAUGCCUUGGAAAAACUUAUGUGUCACAGUUCUGUGCAUCGUUGCACUAGCUAGUAAAAUGAGGGUCAUGAGACCACAGCCCAGAGAGUCCAUGACAGUGAAUCUGCUGCCUGAUACUGUGUCCUGAGUCUGGCAGGCAGGGAGCAUCCACCUCAGCAGGACAAUGCAGUAUCUCCACAGAGCUCAGAUCGGUGUACAAUUUAUGAGCUACUGACUUCUGGAAUUUUCCUUUUCAUGUUUUCCAACCUUGGUUGAGCCUGGGUCCCCGAGACUACUUAGAGUGCAAAUGUGGACAAGGGGACGGCACACUAUUUCUGUGACUUCGAUGAAUCGACACUUAAUCUGACAUAGAAAUACAUUAAAUGCGCAUCUUUGAUGAUGCCGAAAGAGUUAUGUAUGACUCUUCUCAUUUUUGUUUGAUUUUCUUUCCUUUUUAAAGCAUAUAUGCAUAAUUGUUCUGGUGUUUAAAAAAAACAAAGUUAACUAAUGGCCAAGGGAUAAAUUCCAAUCUGAGCAGCACUGGAAAUAUGAGCUUUCUUCUACAAAGACGU